AUGGACGCAGGACGCGGGUCUCGAGGCACUGCAUCUGACGAGGACUAUGAGGACGGCUUGUACACGGACUACAGCCACAACGGCGAGGUCGAGGAUGAGCAUGGCACGUACCCGUACGGAAUAAGGCGCUACCUGGACGACCCCCAAUCCCCAUUGCACAGGCUUCACCUGGCCUCCUUCUCAGACUCGGAACGGUACGCCCCGGUGCCGGGGCAGAUGCCAUCGUGGCGAAUCCAGGACGGGGUCGAGUCGACGCACCCGUUACGCAGACUCAGGCCGAGCCGCGCAAGCGACAUCGAGCACCAAGACCGCCGCCGCCAAAGCACAAGCACCGUCCACUCCUCGCCCUCUCAUCAGCAGUCCGUAUCCAGCAGGUCCCCGUCCCUCGUGUCCCUUCAUCCCGCCCGCAGCUCGGACCCAGACUCGCGCGAGCCACCCUCGAGCUACCAGACGACCACGCCGGCGCCGUACCAACCGCCGCCUGAGAAUGUGGCGGCGGACGAGCUGGCCGGCCCAGAUCACGGCGAAGACCAGGCCGGCGGACAUGGCGGAGGACCUGGAAUCGACGGGCCGGACAUGUCCAUGUCGGAGGCCACCACGGGCGGCGGCAGUGCCGAUCAGCAAGCUGCCUUCUGGGGUCCUUACCAGAGCAUACCCAUAAGCGGUCCCUUCGUCAUAGACGACUUGGACUUCGACCCACUUGAACCAUCCGACUGGGACAAAAACUUCAAUUUGGAGAUGAUUGACGAUGACUUCGAGGCGUUUGAGCAACAGGACGACGCCGCCCAGUAA